AUGAAAUUAUUAUUCAACCUCGCAAGUCACGGCAUUCCAACACAGGCUGCAACACGGCUGGACCUGAAGGACACUGUGCGGAGCGGUGUGCGCCCGUCGCCAAAGGACAAACGCACUCUCGCUAACGUGAGGUCCGCGGCGCGGGCAGAGUCCCGGAGACGGAACUCGGGGGAGGAGCUGCCGGGAGCUGGGGGGCGAGGGGGCCGUGGGGGGCACGGGGAACUCGGGGCAGCGGCGGCGGUCACGCAGCGCUGUGCAUGCACGCUCACCCACGGUGGACACACCGUGACCUCCCCGCCCAACAGCCAGGAGCCCGAGGGAGGGCGGGACCUGCCCGUGGCCACCCAUGCGGGCCAGCGGUCUGCUCUGCCCGAUGCGGAGCCCAGGCCGGGCACGGGGCAGACCCCCAGGAAUGGGCUUCGGUCCGUGGGCCCUGGGUACGGCCUACGGCAGUCGGGCAUCUUUGACUCCCAGCUGCCCUCGCCAUGCAGACUCCGGAUUCAGGACCAAGGUCUCCGGCCAAACACUAAAGCACUGGAGAUGGCGGCGUCAUCUCGUUUUUCCUUGGAAGCUUCAGGAAGCCUGCGGCUCCUCCCCAACCCCCUGAUCCGGCCCAAGUCUGCUCAUCUGCCACCAUCACCAGGCGCGGAAAGCCCCGGGCUCUUUGGCCCUGCCCACAUGGCGGCCGCCCCUGGAUUCCUGCAGCACCUGCCCAGCUCCCCCUGCCCAUCGCCGCUCAGCUGUCCCCGGGGCCUCUCAACCCAAGCACGCACAGCCGAGGCCGGGGUCGGGCCCCCACCCCGGUCCCGCCGCAUGUCACAGCCAGCCCCGGGCGGCCACGAGGGUGCAGGACGCGUGCCUCUGGCACAGGGUGGGGCCGUGACGCCCACCCGGCGGACAGAGGCCCACGUGCCGGUGCCCCCACCCCCAAGGGACCCUGCCCACAAGUCCGGCCCCUGCGCACCCCCGGACCGGAGCACAGCGGGCCAGCGGACCUGCGGGCAGGCCUCGGACCGGACACCCGGACCUCCGCGGCAGCAGGAGGACCCAGGAAGGCAGGACAGGGCAUUCCUGCCCGCCUGGAAAGACGUCGUGGAGAAAGCGGUUCACAGCGGCUGUACUGACACAGGGAAAACCUGGAGACCACCCAGCCAGCCGUCGGCGGGGGCCCGACGGGGAUGA